UUAGGUCCUCCCAGUGCCAACUCCGCCCGGCUCCCGCGUUUCUCCCUCCUCCCCUCUCAUCCUCUAGGCCCCCCACAGGGCUCCCCACCCCAGCUCUCGCGCCUCAGCAACCCCUUCCCCUUUUUGUUCCUGCUGAUCCAGCGAGCCAGGCUUUCUCCUUCUCUGGUCUCUCUUCCUCCUCUCCCCCUUGAAUCCAGUCCUGGUUUCCCCGCCGCCAGCUUCCCCUUUCUCUCCGACUAGGCUAGCUCCCCGCCCCCGCCGCGCCCGUCGUCACCGCGGUGGUUUCAGCUCUUCGCUUACCCCGCUCCCAGCCACCCGGGGCUUGGCUCGCCCAGUCCGGUGGCUCCAGUCCGGAUCUCGCUGCUGCCCUACCCGGGUACGAGUACCAGCCGCUGGGGAGGAGGCGGCGGCUGGCCCCGGCUCCCCUCGGCCGCCUUGCCAGCCCGGGGUUGGCGGGGAGGGAGCAGCAGGGCAGCCCCCCGGAGCCCCUCGGAGGACAAUGCACCCAGCGCUCGGCAACCCCCGCUCGGUCUCGUCCUCGUCCGGCUCCUUCCCACCGCCCCCCGCCGCUGCCCGGCUGCAGCCCCUCUUCCUCCGUGGGGGUUCCUCCCGCGGCCGGAGAGGCUCGGGCGACAGCAGCACCAGCACCAGCACCAGCCGGGGGGGAGGCGGCGGCAGACGCGGCGGGGGCGGCGGCGGCGGCGGCGGCGGCGGCUCCCCGAGUAGCAGCACCGGCGCGGAGAGAGAGGACGACGACGAGAGCAUCAGCAUCAGCAAGCCGCUGGUGCCAGCCGGCCUCCCGGGACCCCCAGCUCAGGGGGGCGCCCCAGCCGCCGACCCCGCGCCCGCCGCCUUCUCCUCCUCGGCCGCCACCUCCUCCUCCACCUCCACGCCCACCUCCUCCUGCAGCAUGACAGCCGCCGACUUCGGCGGGGGCGCUGCGGCGGGGGCCGUCGGGGGCCCCGGGAGCCGCUCGGCGGGGGGCGCGGGCGGCACGGGGACCGGCAGCGGCACCUCCUGCUGUUCGUGUUGUUGCUGCUGCGGCCGUCCGGCCCGCCCCGGUCGCAGGGGUCGGCGCCGAGGCUGCGUCCCCAGCCCUGGGUGCCGCUGGGGCUACCAGGCGCUGUCCGUGGUGCUGCUGCUGGCACAGGGUGGUCUGCUGGACCUGUACCUCAUCGCCGUCACCGACCUGUACUGGUGCUCCUGGAUCGCCACCGACCUGGUGGUGGUGGUGGGCUGGGCUAUUUUCUUCGCCAAGAACAGCCGGGGCCGUCGGGGCGGCGCGGUCAGCGGCGCGCACAACCACCACCAGCACCACCACCACGCCGCGCCGCCUCUACAUCUACCCGCCGCUUCGGCCGCCUCCGCCGGGGCUGCCGCAGGGGCCAAGGCGCGCGGCGCCCGCGGGGGCGCAGGUGGCCCGGGAGCCGGCCCGGGUGCUGCCGGGGCCGCGGGCGAGUUCGCCUUCGCCUACCUGGCCUGGCUCAUCUACUCCAUCGCCUUUACGCCCAAGGUGGUGCUUAUCCUGGGCACGUCCAUCCUGGACCUCAUCGAGCUGCGCGCGCCUUUCGGCACCACCGGCUUCCGCCUCACCAUGGCGCUGUCCGUGCCCCUGCUCUACAGCCUGGUGCGGGCCAUCAGCGAGGCGGGCGCCCCCCAUGGCUCGGCGGGACCCCUGCUUCUGCAGCCCCAGCAGCACCGAGCCGCCGGCUGCUUCCUGGGCACGUGUCUGGACCUGCUCGACAGCUUCACCUUGGUGGAGCUGAUGCUGGAAGGCCGCGUGCCGCUACCCGCGCACCUGCGCUACCUGCUCAUCGCGGUCUACUUCCUCACCCUCUCCUCGCCGGUGCUCUGGCUCUAUGAGCUCAACGCCGCAGCGGCAGCCUCAUCCUGGGGCCAGGCUUCCGGGCCGGGCAGCUGUAGCCGCCUUCUGCGCCUGCUGGGCGGUUGUCUGGUGGACGUGCCCUUGCUGGCGCUGCGCUGCCUCCUGGUGGUGAGCUACCAGCAGCCCCUCUCCAUCUUCAUGCUCAAGAACCUCUUCUUCCUCGGCUGCCGUGGCCUGGAAGCCCUAGAGGGCUGUUGGGACCGGGGGAGUCGGGCCUCCCCGACUCGGGGGAGAGGGGGCUACGGCGCUCCGCCCUCCGCCCCGCCACCGCCACCGCCACCGCCACCACCUCAGGGAGCCUCCCAGCUGGGCCACUGCAUCUCGGAGAACGAGGGGGGUGCCCAUGGCUAUGUCAAUACCCUGGCCGUGGCCUCCCAGAAUUGAGGAGGGAUAAGGGAGAGGGGCUUGCUUUGGGGUUGAGAGACCCCAGCCCCUUGUCCUUUGAUCGUCUUUCACCCAGAUUUGAUCAGGGUCUAUUUGGAAGACGGAACUGUUAAUAGGGCUAAGGGCCAGUGUGUCCUUCUGCACCCCUUGGGUCAAGACUGCUUGGAGGGAGACCAGCAGCUAAUGGUGAAGGAGGAAGGUCCACCUACUACUCUAUUUCCCCUUCUCCGUGCCCUACCCUAAUCUAGCCUCCAGGGGCCAGAUACCUCUGCUUCUUGCUUUUCCCACCACCAUCCUAAUUCUUGUCCAUUGUUGGAGAGAAUGGUGAAAAGGGCGUGCCCAGACAGGGGUGCUGGGCCUGAAGCCUUCCCCCUGGCUUGGAAGUGCCAGAUUCUUAUAGGCUGUGGUUGGUGAUCAUUGUCCCACGCCUUGAAACUGAUCCAGAAUCCACUGUUCCCCUGAUGUGUCUAUUGGAUUUUUUUCCAGAUGGUAGAUGCCAAGUCUGUGUUUGUCUGUGUGUAUAGUAUAGUUUUCUUGUUUCCACACUGUGGCCCCUUGCAAUCAAUAGGAGAUCUGGGGAGGCCCUGUCCUUCCCACCACACAUAGGACCACCCUCCUCAUUCCUACCUGAAUUUGUGGCCGUGAAUUCCCAGAAAGAGCUGGGCUCCUGGGAGCUACCCAGUUGCUCUCCUCCAAGGGAGACGCUCACCCAGGAUCUUCCUCAAUUCUACUCCUCUCUUCUCAGCUUGGGGGAGGAGAGGGUCCAUACCCUAAGGACAAAACUGCACCCUUUCUUGGGUGAGUGAGCAUUUCUACCUCCGUGCUUUCAACUUUUGUUGCAUCAUGCACUGAUGCUGCUUGCAAAAAAAUAAAGGCAAAAUACUCAGAAGUUGCAUUUAACAUGGCCACUGGAUCCAGCUGGGGUUUGGUGCCAGUCUUAUUACAGGGUCUGUGGAGUAUCAGCCAUUGGCUUGCCCUCCCACUCUCUCUCCCUCUGCACCCAGAACUCUUAUCCUUCCCGACGUUUGUUGCUAACUGGGUCAGAUCUUGGCUUAGAACAACAGCCUUUGGGUUUCCUGAAAUGAUGUGAAGCUGGGGCUCCAGUUGGCUCAAGGAAAUCCAAUUCCACAUCUGUCCUUCCUCUGGGAAGCCUGGUGUGGUUCAGAAAAGGUGGUGAUGACCUUUAUCCUCUGCUCUGGUAAAGAGAAUUUCUAAGGAGAAGGCAGUUGCAGAGGAAGUCUGGGUAAUUCCUCCCCCUGCCCUGCCUUCCUCUCUGGCAUUCUUGUUGAGAUUAAUGACAAGGGACACCCAGCGGUUGCCCACUUAUGGUCUCGAUGUGGGACAUCUCUCUUGGAAUUUUUGAGGGUGGAUAAGUAUUUUUCGGGGAGGUAAGAGUGUAGGAGGACUGUUGGCAGCAAGGCCAGGAAAUACUCACUGUCCUCCACCCCAGAAUAGGAUGGGGUGGGGGCAAAACUGUAAGAAUUUUUGUUUCCCCUCCCCCACCCCCUCGUAUGCUUUGUGUGGUGUAAUACACCCUGGGCAAAGGACCAGAAGUCAUGAUUGUAGUUUUGACUGUCCCUCACUCGCUUUGAUGGCACAUUGCUUUUGAUUUCUGAGUCUCAGUGUUUUACUUGGAGCUCUUUUCUCCCAACUUCUUGGGGGUUUGUUGACAGAGACACAGAGAGACUGAUGUCUUGACCAGAGUCCUUCUGAGCCUCCCCUACUGUCACAGUGGGGAAUGAUGGAGGAAACAUGUUUACACUCAAUGUAUUAAUCUAUGCUCCCAGCCCCUUGCCCUCCUAGGUCCAAUAUUAUUAGUGGGUUGGAUUUUGCAACUAGUCUUUUUUUUCUGUCUCCCCACUCCCCCUUCUCCCACCACCAUAUUCUUUCCCUUUGAAUUCCGUGUGCUCAAAGUCCUGGGCCCAGACUCUUCCCUGGGUCUCCAUCUCCUGUCUCCAGCUUUGCUCUCUCUGCUACCUAAUCUCAGUGGCUGUGAAUGGACUUUGUGUCUGAGCCAUGGCCAGCCCCUGGCUGGCCCCUGCCUCACUCCCUUUCUCCUGUUUGGAUGCUGGUCUCCCCCACUGAGUGAUUGACUAUAAAAUCUGAAUGCUGUUGAGUUUUCUGGUGGGAGGCUGUGAUAGGUUCCAAGGAGCUACCACUUCCCUAGGUACGCUGAGAGACUGAUGGCAACCCGGCCAGCUCUGGCAGAGGCUGGUCCUGCUCAGGCUCUGUCUGCCGGCCCCCCACUCACCCUUGGACAUUCUCUUUCAAAUAUCUGGUGCGAGCACUUUGCGCUCAGGGGUCAAUCCCUUCCUUCCGGUGUUUUUCAUGAGUGCUUUUACUUUCUUUCCUUGCCCUACUCACAGUGAGACAUGACCCCGAUUUUUUCUUGCUUUCUAGGAGCAUCUGUAGUGGGGGGUCAAAACUGGAGAUGUUUCCCCGGGGAGGUGCACUGUCUCCUGAGGCUCACGCCAGCAGUAUGGUUCACAGGAAAGUACCCUGGGUACAGAAUUCAGACCGUCUGCCUCUAAUGUGUGUGCCAGUAAGGCGUGCCCUUGACCUGAGCCUCUGACUCUACAGAUUGCAAAAGGGGGCUGGACCGGCCUCUCUCUAAAGGCUGUUCUGAUAUAACCUGGCCUGGUUCUGAGUCCAUGUGUUUUUGGGGGAAGAGAGUUGGCUGGAAGUUAGAGCCUGGAAGAAGGGAAGUUGCACCUCACUAGCGUUGAGCACGUUCCCCCUCCCCCCUUUUUCUUUUUAAAAAUAAAACCAGCCUCUGUUCUGAAAAUAAAAAACUUGAGACUUG